AUGUCGUUUAGAAAAAGAAGUGACAUAAUAGGUGCUCCUCCUGCGGUCCCAAGAAAUCCAGGAAUGGUUCCUGGGAGACCAGUAGGAGCUGGUGCAGUCCCCGGUAGAAUCAUUCCAAGCAGACCUGUUGCUCCCGGCACCGGAGUUGCAAGAACCGGUCCAGUGAGGACAUCAUCACCAUCACAGUCUCAGACUGUCGAGAUAUUGCAGCAUCCAGGUGUUAGACCAUCCCUCAUAAGCUCGUCACCCACCAUUUCCACAGGUUCACUGGAUUUGGACUCCAUCCUUUUGCACCAGGGUUUGCCCUUGGGUGCAUCAUUGCUCGUGGAAGAAGCUGGUACCACAGACUUCGCUCUGAUCAUACUAAGAGUUUUUGCCUCGCAAGGAGUGAUACAUAAUAGGGUCGAGUAUGGUCCCCAGAACAAGAGGGAGUUCAAUUCGCAUGUAAUCGUGGUGGGAUUCCAGAGCCAGUGGGCUAACGAAUUGCCUGGCCUUUACAAGGGCUCGUCUAGGGACCAGAAGAAAGCAAACAUUGCAGCAAAUGAGAAGAAAAUCAGUGUGUCGAACUUGAACGACAGUAGAUCCCCAGUGUCUGGCGCAAACGACAAGGAAAUGAAGAUCGCCUGGAGAUACGGCUUGAACAAGAAAGCUAAUGACUCAGGCGAGAAUGCUCCUAGUGCACCAUCAGAAUCGUCGUCCGCUGAGCACUACACACAUCAAUUUGAUAUCACGCAGAGAUUGACUCCAGCACCCGCCUCACAGGAAGUCUCCUUCGUAAGCAUAACUUCCCACCAGUAUAAACCUAUAUUGAGCCAGAUCCAGUCUAUCAUUACAGGUCAAUUGAAGCAGAACCUGAACAAAGUCAUUAGGCUAGUGAUACCAAAUUUGCUUAACCCCUCUACUUAUCCUCCACAGUUCUCACAGAGCGCAACUAUAAUUCCAUUCGUGCAUUGCUUGAGAGCAUUGUUGAGGAAGUACCCUCGAAACCUUGUUUUGAUCAGUUCCAUAUCGUUAGACCUUUUCCCAAAGGAAACUAACUUGACGUACAACUUAGAAACUUUGUAUGAUGCUGUGAUCCAAUUGCAGCCAUUUAACCAAGAAAUGUCACAGCUUAUCGAAAAGGCAUACAAGAACGAGCCUGCAAAGGUUCUGCAUGGACUAGUACAUAUCCGAAAGAUACCACAUUUGUCUGAAAGGGGGUUGAUGAUGAUUCACGACGGGGAAUAUGCAUUCAGAAAUGGUAAGAAGAAGUUCCAAAUCGAGGAAUGGGGAAUCCCAGUGGAAGAUGAUUCAAAAGAUGAGGCCCAGACCACAAAGAAUAUUGAAUUUUGA